CUGGUCCAAUUGGAGGAUCCGCUCGCACUCAGUCUGAAUGUGAUGCUCUCAGUCGCCUCGACCAUCUUCUCUCUCUCUCUCUCUCUCUCUCUCAGUCUGUCUCUCUCCUCACAUGCAGAAGAAUUGUUCUCCAUGAGUCGCUCCUCUUCACUCACGGCUGGAUUUGUGCGUUUAUGAUUCUCCUCCAACAGCUCGUUUUCUAAGGCUUGAUUUUUGAGGCAGGAGAGAAAAUGGCUCAAAGCGCGCUGCUUUUUUUAUUAUGGCUAUUCGGCACAUCUCUCGCUGCCUUCCCCAAUCAAAUCAAUAUCGGUGGGCUCUUCAUGCGUUCCACCGUGCAAGAACACAGCGCUUUCAGAUUCGCUGUGCAGCUCUACAACACCAAUCAGAACACGACUGAGAAACCCUUCCAUCUCAAUUACAACGUAGAUAACCUGGAGUCCUCCAACAGUUUCUCUGUCACUCAUGCAUUUUGUUCGCAGUUCUCCAGAGGGGUGUAUGCCAUCUUCGGCUUCUAUGACAAGAAGUCCAUGAACACACUGACCUCCUUCUGCGGGGCCCUCCACACCUCCUUCGUCACACCCAGCUACCCCAUCGACUCAGACGUGCAGUUUGUCAUCCAGAUGCGCCCUCCACUGAAGGGCGCCGUCCUGAGUCUACUGUCUCACUACAAGUGGGACAAGUUUGUCUACCUCUAUGACACAGACAGAGGAUUUUCCAUUCUUCAAGCCAUUAUGGAGGCUGCGGUGGCAAAUAACUGGCAAGUUACAGCGCGGUCGGUGGGCAGCAUCACGGACCCCCAGGAGUUCCGGCGCAUCAUUGAAGAAAUGGACAGGAGACAGGAGAAGCGCUACCUCAUCGACUGUGAAGUGGACAGAAUCAAUGUCAUCUUGGAGCAGGUUGUGGCACUCGGAAAGAACAGUCGGGGCUACCAUUAUGUUAUUGCCAAUCUGGGCUUUACCAACAUCAGCUUGGACAAGGUCUUUCUGGGCGGAGCAAACAUUAGUGGCUUCCAGAUUAUCAAUCCUGAAAACACAGUUGUUCAACAGUUUCUCCAGAGAUGGGACCGUCUAGAUGAAAGAGAGUUUCCUGAAGCUAGAAACACUCCGCUGAAGUACACUUCAGCACUGUCUUAUGAUGCUAUCCUGGUCAUUGCGGAGGCUUUUCGAUACCUGCGACGCCAGCGAGUAGACGUGUCCAGGCGAGGCAGUGCAGGCGAUUGCCUGGCUAACCCUGCGGUCCCUUGGAGCCAAGGCAUCGACAUUGAACGAGCUCUCAAAAUGGUCCAGGUGCAAGGGAUGACUGGCAAUAUCCAGUUUGACAGCUUUGGCCGCAGAUCAAACUACACUAUUGAUGUUUAUGAAAUGAAAACAGGGGGCCCAAGAAAAAUCGGAUACUGGAACGAGUUUGAGCGCUUUGUUAAUAUAAUGGAUCAGCAGUACACCAACGAUUCCUCAGUGGAAAACCGAACAAUUGUGGUCACUACUAUUAUGGAAGCACCAUAUGUGAUGUUCAAGAAAAACCACAUGCAUCUGGAAGGCAAUGACAAGUAUGAAGGCUACUGUGUCGAUUUAGCUUCUGAGAUUGCCAAACAUGUUGGGAUUAAGUACAGACUGUCCAUAGUCAUGGACGGAAAAUAUGGCGCCCGUGACCCUGAAACCAAGACUUGGAAUGGGAUGGUGGGUGAACUAGUCUAUGGGAGAGCAGAUAUAGCCGUCGCACCAUUAACAAUCACGCUAGUGCGAGAGGAAGUCAUUGACUUUUCCAAGCCCUUCAUGAGUUUGGGCAUCUCCAUUAUGAUCAAGAAACCUCAGAAGUCCAAGCCGGGUGUGUUCUCCUUCCUGGACCCUCUGGCAUAUGAGAUCUGGAUGUGUAUCGUUUUCGCCUACAUCGGCGUCAGCGUGGUGCUGUUCCUCGUGAGCCGCUUCAGUCCCUACGAGUGGCACCUGGAUGAGACUGAUGAAGCCAAAGACCCCCAGACCCCUCCAGACCCGCCUAAUGACUUUGGGAUUUUUAACAGCCUGUGGUUCUCUCUAGGGGCCUUCAUGCAGCAGGGCUGUGAUAUCUCACCAAGGUCCUUAUCGGGCAGAAUAGUGGGAGGCGUCUGGUGGUUCUUCACCCUCAUCAUAAUCUCGUCCUACACGGCUAACCUGGCUGCUUUCCUCACCGUAGAGAGGAUGGUCUCUCCCAUAGAGAGCGCUGAAGAUCUAGCCAAACAAACAGAGAUCGCAUACGGGACCUUGGACUCAGGAUCAACCAAAGAGUUCUUUAGGCGUUCAAAAAUAGCAGUGUAUGAAAAAAUGUGGUCGUACAUGAAAUCGGCCGAGCCUUCCGUCUUCGCCAAGACCACGCCCGACGGGGUGGCACGGGUACGAAAGUCGAAGGGCAAAUUCGCCUUUCUUCUCGAAUCCACCAUGAACGAAUACAUUGAGCAGAGGAAGCCCUGCGACACCAUGAAAGUGGGCGGCAAUCUGGACUCUAAGGGCUAUGGUGUGGCCACCCCCAAAGGCUCAGCAUUAAGAAAUGCUGUUAACCUGGCAGUUUUAAAACUGAAUGAGCAAGGCCUGUUGGACAAAUUGAAAAACAAAUGGUGGUACGACAAGGGAGAGUGCGGCAGCGGGGGAGGUGACUCCAAGGACAAGACAAGUGCACUGAGCCUGAGCAAUGUUGCUGGCGUCUUCUAUAUUCUGGUUGGUGGACUAGGGCUGGCCAUGAUGGUGGCUUUGAUAGAGUUCUGUUACAAGUCACGUGCAGAAGCCAAACGGUUGAAACUCGAAAAGAACGCCCAAAACUUUAAGCCAGCCCCACCAGCCAACACCCAAAACUUUGCCACGUAUCGAGAAGGAUACAACGUGUACGGAACAGAGAGCGUUAAGAUCUAACGAGCGGCAGACAGGCAGCGUGGUGUGACACCUCACAGACACGGCUGGAUCUUCAGCAGGGGUCGCCCACUCUCUCCAUACACAUCAUCUCCAGCCGACACGGCACGCUCACACAAGACCACGGCCCGCACGGACCGCCGCCAGAAUUGGAAUCGAUUUCUUCAGUGCCUUAUGGAAUAUUCAGAGUAUCACACUGAUGCAAACUCACGGCAGAAGCAUCGCAUCGCUCCAAUCACAUAAAACCCACGGAAUGCCAUCAUCACCAUCAUCAUCAUCAUCAUAUCUGUGAAAUAAGAACUCCAUGGACAGUGAGAAAUAAAGCCAUCACUUGCGAUCUUAGCACACCGAUUGAGCCGAUCUGACUCGAGACGUCUUCUCUGGACUUUGUUGGACCCGGUGGUCGAGCGAACGCUUGUAAUACUGUAAAUUUGCUUUCACACUCGUUCAAUCGGUGUAUUCAUUUAUCAGAUUAUGGAUCGUUUCAAUUCCAGAUCAGGAUCUUGUCAGUAUAUCGUGUGCUUUUCUUUUGUCUGAUCUAUAUUUCUCAGAAGUUCAGAAGCUAUAAACCCCAUUUGACCUUCAAUAAUGGUGUUUCACGUCUCGUGCGUGAGCUUCAAGAAACCAAAAACCGCCACACGGUUUGAUUAAUUCACUCACACUCUUACACACGUACUUACAGACAAACUUCCAAGAUUUUGUAGUUAUCACAGCAUACUGUACAAGAAACUGAAGCUAUAAAUCAAUCACAUUAUUGUAGAUAAACCGCAACUCACAAAAGGACAUGGCUUUUACGAUGUAGUAUUUGAUUACCUCACGGUUUUCCGAAUAUAAUUCGCACAAGUCGAGCUUUGAGGUUUAGUUUUAUUUGACAAGCAUUAUUAGUGUUUGGUGAAUUAUUUAGCAAACGAGUCUAGGAUUAAUAACAUUUACAAUAGAUUUAUAAAAGGAGCUAACGGGAAGCUAGCACAUUUACAUUUGCUGUGACAUUUUUGUGUUGGAGAGAAGGAAAACCAACUGUGACUCCACGGGACCGAGGAUGCGGCCCAUCCCGUGACCAUGGACAGAUAGUUUUAUAACGAAAAGCUUUUAAAAGACUCCAAAAGUGGAAAACAGAUGUGUACAUUUCUAGUGAAGAAUUCCCAAGCGAGUGACUGAAUUCCCAAAUUUUCUAUCUGCAUGCGAAAACUUGUGAUUGCCAAGUAAAGCCCUGCGACUUCCAUUAGUUUCUAGAAGGUCGGUAGAAAGUGGGUUUCAGCUUUCGUAUCUCGACCUGUAAAACUGCACUUCAGCCCAGAGGACGUGAUGUAAGAGGUGCAUGCGCGGCUGUCGUUCCCCGAGCCCCCAUAGCGAGGCCUUGUACAAAGAAUUUUAAUACAUUUUGUAAAUAAAAACAAACAAAAAAAAUGUAUUGAAGCAUGUGUGGGGGCUUUUUUUUUAAUGCACACUAUCAAUCAGUGAUCCUCAAACCACCAAUGCAUUAGUGCGGAGAUGAGGUGGAACACAAAGAAAGCAUCUGCUUCUUAAAGAAUGACACUCUGUACCAACACAGUCCUGACAGAGUCAACAGAGGAGCUUCUCCUUUGGGGAAACAUUGUAAUAUAUUGAUAAAUGGAGUCAACACCACAUGUACAAACUGAGAAAAACAACAAGUUUUUUUUUUUUUUUUUUUUUUUUCAUGAAGGAAAUGUUGUCUUCUGGUUAUUGAAUUAAACUUUUUUUUUUUCUGGAAUGAAUUAAAAAUUCCGCAGUCAGAUCAAAGUCACGAAGA